AUGCUCUCAACAACACCGCUCAAAACACCACCCAAAAUGCGCUCCGGGUCCACCGCCGCCACCACCACAACUACAACAACAAAACCACCCUCCCACAACCAAACCCUAACCCCCAAAUCAAUCUUAACCCUCCUCCUCCUAAUAACAGCCCCGUACAUGCUCUGGAAGCUCCUCUGCCUGAUAACAGGCUCCUCAAUCCCGGUGAUGGUGGUGAUCUCCGAGUCCAUGGCACCCGCCUUCCACCGCGGCGACAUCAUAUUCCUCUGGAACCGGUCGAAACUCGUGAAUGUGGGGGAUAUCCCAGUUGUUUGGUUUAAGAGUCAGCCGUUGCCGAUGGUCCAUCGCGCGGUGCAGGUUUUUAGGGAAGGUGUUGUGCAACAUAUUCUGACGAAAGGGGAUAAUAACUAUAUUGACGAUGUGGGGUUGUACCCACCUGGGCGAUCGUGGGUGCGGAGGGACGAGGUCGUUGGUGUUGUUAAAGGGUAUUUGCCAUCGUUGGGGUGGUUGACUAUUGCUGCGAACGAGAUGCCUUGGUUACGGGGGAUGGGAGUUGUUUUUGCUUGUCUUAUAGGGAUGGUUUCAAACUAA